AUGUUAACUGAUUGUAUUGAUAUAUCGAUGUAAUCAAAGGAACAACCAUCCAAUUAUUCAUAUUUUGUGUAUAAUUACCCACCUACAACCAUAAUGGAUUAUCAAAAUACAUCAAUACCACAAUUACAGAUGAGAAAUUCAAGUAAAUUUGAUAUAUAAUAGUUAGCUGAUUCUGUUUUCAAAGAUAACAUGUAGAUUCCUUCAUUUAUGUAAGGAUUAUCUGUUCCCAGUUUCUAAUUUAAUAAUUCCAAUUAAUUUUGUAUUAAUGAAUAAAAAUCAUAAUACAUGCCACCAAUUGCUAAUGGUUUGGCUUCUUAUUUUAAUGAUUAAUCUUCUUUUAAAGUAAAAUAUGAAAGUAAGAAAAAUCGAAUAAUUGUGGGAACAUAAGCAAUAUGUAAUAUAGAAAUAAUCCUUAUAUAAAGAUAUUUUGAUAUUAAAACAUAAGUAUUUAUAAUAUAAAAUAAUAGUUAUUCUGCCCACCAAAUAUUAAAUAUACUUUAAAUGAAGAUAAAAGUAUUUCAAAUAUGGCAUGGUUGAAAGAUAGAGUAAAAAAUAGAUAUAAAAAGCCUGUAAAUAUUGUUAUGUAUUUUUAGAUUAAGGAUUCAAUGUCUGAUUUAAUUAAUGUAAUUGGAAACAUGAAUGAAUAAGAUUUAUAAUAAUUAAGUUGUUUCUAAUAGUUUUAAAGUUAAGGUUUUGACAAUCUUGAGAAAUAAGUACCAAAGUCGAUUAAAUUAGAGAAACCUUUUUCUGAAAUGAUGUUUGAAAUUCAAAUUCUAAUUGCUUAGUUUUUAAUAACAAAAUUUUGA